GAGAGAGAGAGAGAGAGAGAGAGAGAGAGAGAGAGAGAGAGAGAGAGAGAGAGAGGAGGCGGUGUCUGGUGACCGAGGAGGAGGAGGAGGAGGAGGAGAAAGCUCCCGGUCCGCUCGGUCCUCGCAGCUCCCUUUUGCCGUCAAUCCUACAAGCAGUCGGGUGCUACCGGAGUGCCCGGGGCCGUGGACUUUAUUUUUCCCCGGGGAAUCGGAAUUGGACACCAACGAACUAUCCCAGAAGAUGUUCUUCUUUCUGCUACCUGUCGUGGCUCUCUUGCUGAGCAGAGAAACGGCGGUCUCCGGUAACAGUAACGACAAAUGGCUGAGCACCGUGGCUCAGUACAACAAGGACAGAUCCUGGAACAGAUUCAGAGAUGAUGACUACUUCAAAAGCUGGGCUCCUGCCAAGUCUCUAGACCAAGAGCGAGAGGCUGAACCUGGUAGACAUGCAGAUCCAGGAACUAAAGCCCACUCUGGCUUGGCCAUGAAGACAGUACAGGAUGGCCCAGACACCACCAAGGAUCCCUGCCUGAAGGUCCGCUGUCCUCCCCACAAGGUGUGCAUUAGCCAUGACUACCAGACAGCCAUCUGCACCAAUCACAAGCAGCCAGCUCACAGCGUGAAACCCAGGAAAGGUAGCGUAGGCCACAAGCACAGGGUUGAAGCCGGUGCUCAUGGGAAAUGCAGGCUCUGCUCGGCAAUUCAAUCAACUCCUGUGUGUGGAUCUGAUGGACACACCUACUCCUCCAAGUGUAAGUUGGAGUUCCAGAGCUGCCUCUCUGGGAAGACAAUCUCAGUGAAAUGUGAUGGACUGUGUCCCUGUUUGCCUGGCCAGGAGCUGAGCAGUCCACCACACAAGACUGAGAAGGCUGCCUGCACUGACACAGAGCUUCACAGCCUGGCUGCCAGACUGAAGGACUGGUUCGGAGUUCUCCACCUCGACGCCAACAGAGAUCUCAAAUCCACUGACAGCUUUGACUCCACCACUGGACACUUUGACACCAGCAUCUUGCCCAUCUGUAAGGACUCACUGGGCUGGAUGUUCAACAAGCUAGACAUGAACUUUGACCUCCUGCUGGACCAAUCAGAGCUGAGCGCCAUCUACUUGGACAAGUACGAGCUGUGCAUGAAGCCCCUCUUCAACUCCUGCGACUCCUUCAAGGAUGGCAAGCUGUCUAACAACGAGUGGUGUUACUGCUUCCAGAAACCUGAGGGACUGCCUUGCCAAACUGAGAAGAGCAGGAUCCAGAAUCAGAGUCGAAGGAAGAGCCUCAUAGGCUCCUAUAUCCCUCGCUGUACCGAGGAGGGCUACUUCAAGCCGACCCAGUGUCACGGCAGCACCGGCCAGUGUUGGUGUGUGGACAAAUAUGGCAAUGAGAUCGCCGGCUCCAGAAAACAAGGCAACCCCAACUGCGAUGAGGACCAGGAGACAUCAGGGGAUUUCGGCAGUGGUGGAGCAGUCAUUCUCCUCGACGACCAGGAGGAGGAGCCAUCACAGAGCGUCCGGAGCCGGCAGAAGAAGAGACGGGGCCGGAUCCACCCCAGAGGAGCCAUCGAAGACGACGAGGAUGAGGAAGACGACAAGGAUGACGAGAUCGGCUACGUUUGGUAGCUCCGCUUCAUUUUACUCUGCCAUCAGCCGACCAGGAAGCUCCGUUAACUCAGCACAGAUCUGAAGCCAUUCCAAUGUCUCCUCCUCCAGUUACCUUGGCAGCAGUCCAUUAUUUUGGCUCCUGAACUCGCUCCUGUAAUUUCCGUCCCUUAUCCAAAUCUCUCUCUUCAGUGAACCUAAUCCGACCUCUUCCUUUUCAAGUGUUUCGCUCUUUCCUCAGACAGAAAACAGAGAACCUAUUAGAUUUCAACAACAACUGUCCCUGGUAGAUUCCGCUCAAGCCGUCCACGUUCUGCUUCUACCUUUCCCCCAAACCUGCGACCUAUACCCUCUGCUAACAUGGACACUUCUCUGGCUUUACACACUUCUCUACUCCCUCUAUCUCCUUCCACUUAUUCUGUCCCUCUGCUAUCUCUGUAUGUCCAUGUCAGAGCCUCUGGUCAGUCUGUGAGCCCAGAUACAAUAGCUGAUGUAUUGGAUGUAAAUAUGUUUCCUCCAGGAAGGCCAGAAUGGGGAUUACCUUCCCUGUUCUUCCAUCAGCGGUCCAUACUCAUCUUCUGUGUCCCACUGUUGGGCUCCUUCCAGUGUUCAUCAAUGUUUCCGCAAAUCACCGCCACAGUCCCAGGCUCUGAGAUGCUCUCUCUCUCUCUCUCUCUCUCUCUCUCUCUCUCUCUCUCUCUCUCUCUCUGUUAUUUCAUGGAGGAUUGUAAAUUAUUUAAUCGUUGAUCUUGAAUGUCCCAGAAAGCCCAGGAAGCAAUGAGAUUAAUGAUGUAUUGUCGUUGUUGUUGCAUGUUUCUCAUCGUGUUUCUGUAAAAGAGAGAUUUUACCUGGCCAGGUCUAGCUCUAUGCAUCUCAAACAGAAAGUGAUGCCUAUUUGGCUGCUACAAUACUUUGUUGCUAUGUUGAUGCUGUCUAGUGUCUUUUUGGUUCUUCUCCCAAUCUCAGGAGGUAGGAAGUUGCAUUGCAGAGCGAUAGCAGUGUAGAAAAGCGAACUGCGAGGCCCUACAGUCCAAAUCCGCGUUGUCUCAGCCUGCUAUUCUUUUACUAAUUGGUCAGUAGGACUGCUGAGGCUGUUUUGACUGUGCAUGGACACUAGAGGAAGAAGCUGCUCCUGAGCUGGGAGGACACACAAAGUCGGGUGAGCAGAGACGAGGCUCUGUUUUGCCUCCCAACAUCGGAUAUGUUCAGUGAUUUGAAAUUGAAAUCUUCACCAUGUCAACUAAGUGAACUUUUAUUUGUAAUUUGAAAAUUUAAGUAAAGUGGCACUUUGGGUGUCUUUUGAACCUUA